AAAACCUUUCCAAAGUAACAAGUGUUUAUGGUUUGUUGUAAGCUUAAACUAAUGCAAUGACUGUUGAAGGAUUUAAAUGGACAAAUUGCCUGUUUUGAUAACAUAAAACAAUAUAUUAUAUCUGGCUGCCACGCUCUGAAUAGAAAGAGAAGAGAAGAGAAGAGAAAUGAAGUUGUAACCAGAAACCUCUCCUGCCUAAUUAUAGACAAAGAUCCUCUAAACCUAAACCGUCUCUGUUAUAGAGAAGCAGCAGCUCUGUGUCUCCCUCCAGCGGCAGCUAUUGUGCACUUCAGUUCACUCAAUGUGGACCACAACAACAAGGAGUAUACAGCAAGUAACGGGAUUUGAUAUGUACACCUCUUUUAUGAAAUCGACCAGGAGUCCUCAUCGGAUCACUGCAGAUGUCUUCAGGUUGCCACUCCCAGAAGCUCGUUGGAGCUGCAGGGUGAAUGCUGGUUGGGUUUCCUGUUUCCUCCUCAACGCCAAACCUGCCCAGCUUCAUUUGAUCUCCUCUAACUUACAAAGUGACAUGUUCAGCCAGCCCACAUGUCAAAUCUCACACAAGAAAAUGACAUCCCCGAAGGCUGUACGAGAGUGGUGCCGCUCCACAUGCGCAGGUUACCCCAAUGUGGAAAUAAAGAACAUGUCAACCUCAUUCAGAGAUGGACUUGCAUUCUGUGCCAUCAUCCACAAACACCGACCUGACUUGAUAGAUUUCAGCUCCCUCUCCAAAGAUAAUGUUUAUCAAAAUAACAAACUGGCAUUUGAGGUUGCAGAGGAAAAGCUGGCCAUCCCUGCGUUGCUGGACCCAAAGUACAUGGUUUCCACCAAGGUGCCUGAUAGUUUGAGCAUCGUCACCUACCUUUCCCAGUACUUCUACUUCUUCAACAGGAAGUCUUAUGCAGGUAUUGCCAGUUUGAGGUCAUCACACGUCCCUUUCUUGAACAACCUCACAAAAAGUAAAACUCCUGAUGAUGUGAACCCCCUGAAGAGCCUGACUGAUCUGGAAACCAGUAGAGAAGAUCGUUUAUCCGACACAAGGCCACAAACGGUGUGUAGUUUGUGUUUUAAGCCUGUCCACCUUAUACAGAGACAUUUGACGGACGGAAAGGUCUACCAUCAAAAGUGUUUCAAGUGCAAAGUGUGCCGCAGCACUCUUUUACCGGGGUCUUACACACAGGGAAGCGAUGAUGGCUCCUUGAUCUGCACUCACCACACAACGGACAGCAAAAGUUCUGGUGUUGACCUCAAUCAGCAAAUUAGAUCUACUGAGAAUCGGCCCAAAUGUGAAUUGCAGGCAGGUUAUUCUUCUGUGGCUGGAUCGGCUAUCACCGGCGUCCCUCAUUACACUAAGAAAACAGAGUCACGGGACAGACUGGUAUGCAAAACACCAGAGCAAAAAGGGAAAGAUAGGUGGGAGAGGAGCGGAGAGCUGAAAGACAGAGACUCAACCGUUGGACUGAAGAGCAAGGUAAAGAAGCCAACGCCUCUUCAUCUUCCUCCACCCAGUGUUGAAGACAUGACUGUUGAAGGAGCUGAAAAAGCUGGACCUGCGACAAAGACUCAAGAGGCCUCUGAGCUGUCCUCGCCACGUGGACGAGUGACAGGAGGAAGUAGUCGGCCGGUUCCAGCACCCAGGCGAAUGCUAGACUCUUCUGUGGUCCCUGUUCCUGCACCCAGGACCAAAACUGCCCAGCCCACGAGCAGCUCCUCUGCUGCGGGCAGUUCAUCCAACCAAAAUAAAUGUUCACCCAACUCAUCUCGCAUCACAAGCCCGACCAGUGGUAGCCCUAAAGUGCAAACCAACCAUCCAUGGAUAAGCAUCGUCCAUCCCGGACCCUGGAUGCAACUGCCUCCCGCUCCGCCUCCAGUACCCAGGAGGUCAUUGUACAGACCCAGAGUGCCUCCUCCUCCCAAUCCCUUUGGAGGGGAGGUGGAUGAGGACACACAGGAGGAGGGCUCUAAACCUGAGCCUGCAGACCAAACUAAGCCCUCAGUGGCGGCUAUCCAUUCAGGGAACGGGGACACGGACGCUAAAAAUACUGCCAUUAAAUCUACACCAGCUAGAGAUACUUCAAGUCAAAUUGGCUUAUCAGAUUCGGAUGAAACUGGAAAUACGGGAGAGUCACCACCGGAUGUGGUUGUGGCAGCAGCAGCAGCAGCAGCAGCAGCAGCAGCAGCAGCAGCAGCAGCAGCAGGGCCGCAUGCCACUUCAGAUAAAGUGCAGAGCCAUGUUUUACCCAGAAGUCUUUCUGUGCCAGCGAUCACCUCUGCUCCUUCUCAAAGUUCCCUUUUGCAUUUUGGCUUGACAGAGGCAGAUGGAUCUGAUCAGGGCAUGUCAUGCCAAAGUAAGCUGGCCUGCAAAGAGAAUCCAUUUAAUGGAAAACCUGCAAUGUCCAAAUCAAAGACCUUUCAGGCCCUCCCAUCUACACGGGCCCCUGCCCCCGGACAUGGCUUCCCACUCAUCAAGAGGAAGGUGCAGACGGACCAGAAUUUGUCCACAGAAGAUCUGCAGGUGGAGAUAAGAGAACUGGAUCAACAUCUGGAGGCACUGGAGCAAAGAGGAGUCGAACUGGAGGGGAAUCUAAGAGACUGCAAGAAUGAUAAAGAGGAGGAACAAAUGCUAAUGGAGUGGUUCUCUCUUGUCCAUGAGAGACAUGGUCUGGUGGGCAGACAGACAGAGCUGGUUUAUCUGACAAAGCAGCAGAAGUUAGAGGAGAGACAGGCAGACGUGGAGUACAAGCUCCGAUGUCUCCUUAAUAAACCAGAGAGCGACUGGAGUCAGGAGGAUCGAGGUCGAGAGCAGCAGCUGAUGGAUGAGCUGGUCGCCAUCAUCGAACAGAGGAACCAGAUCGUCAGCAGCUUGGAUCAGGACAGGCAAAGGGAAAGAGAAGAAGAUAUGCUUUUGGAAGCCAUGAUGAAGAACAAAGACAUUCAGAAGGAAGGACUUAAAGAGCUAAAGAAGUCAAAAGGAAAGUUCAAGCCCACAAAAAUGUUUAAGAUGCUGAACCAUAAAGCAGAGAGCACCAAAGACUCCAUGGACAAAAAGAGCUGAAGGACUAUCAUGACUGCUGAAGCUCUCACAGAAAACCAUCUCGUACUUUUGGAUGAUAAAGAUGAUAAAAGUGUUGUAGAAUAUGAUCACAAUAUAAAUAUUAUAAUAUUUUGGAGCAGCUCGGUAGCAUAGAUACAUUACAAAGAAAUAUUCUCUCAGUGCAUAUGUUUCAGUUUUAUCAAUCUACAUUUUCUCUUCCAUGGUUCUUUCCUCACCCUGUCUCCUGUAUGCACUUAAUAUUUAUGUUAUUUGUAUUUUUAUUACAUACUUGUAUUCAUAUGCAAUACAUAUGUAUUUGGGAAAGUUUUGUCUUGUCUAUUAAGAAGAAUUGUAUACUGUGUUAUAUUAAAUCCACUUUUAUUUCGAACCAUUUUAAGAUGCUAUUCUACCAUACAGAAAUGUAUGCUCACUGGAAACAGUGAGCCUUUUCGAAAAGAAAGAUAAUUCAGGGUAGGGAGGUAACGAUUACCGGUGUAACGGUAAACCACGAUAAAAAUGUUGAUGAUAA